AGAAAAACGAAAAUAUAGCAUAAAAAGAUCUCUCGCACACAUAAGUUUCCUCCUCGGCGAUCUGUUCGGCGGAUUUUCAAUUUUUUUUUUCUUCCUCCAUUCUAAAUUUUCUCUAUUCUAAAAUCUUUCUGUGGGUACAAUUCACAUUCUAAAGAAAUCUUAAAUAUCGUUAAUAAUUUUUUAACUACUGAAUAAAAGAGACGUUCCCAAAUCAAAGGAACAGCAAAACAAAAAAACACGAUGGACAGUUUGUGUUUGAAUAGCGGUUUACACGGCGUACUUCCACCGAUCACUGCGGUUGGAAGCGGUGGAGUUGUUGAAGUCCGAGCAACUGCGACCGCACCAUCGCAAAAGAGAGGACCUUUUGGGUUCUCGUUCAAAUACCCAUUGACGCCGUUCUGGUCUCGCGGUGGUGGAGGAAUUGCGUCGAAGAGGCGGAGCGGGUUGUGUUUAGACGACGCCGUUUUGGUUGAUUCCGGCGAUUCUAGGAAGCCGAUCGCGGAGGAGACGGCGGUGGAAAUGGAGACGGAGAGGCGAAAUGGUAGCUGGGUUUUGAAGAUCUUGGAUGUACAAUCUAUGUGGAGAGAGAGAGAAGACCAAGAAGAAGGUGAUGAUGAUGAUGACGAAGGAGAUGAUGAUGAUGAUAAUGAGAAGAAGGUUGAAUUAGAUGACGACGUCGUAUUAUUUGAAGAUGAUGAUGGAUGCGAUAUUUGCUCGGUUUUGGAAGAUGAUGGUAACGAAGCAAACAAAUCUCAGCUUGAUAGAGAAUCCUUCUCCAAAUUGCUGAGGAGGGUUACGUUAUCGGAGUCAAAACUCUAUGCCCAGAUGUCUUAUUUGGGGAACUUGGCUUAUUCAAUUUCAAAAAUCAAGCCUGCGAGUCUGUCAAAAUAUUACGGCCUUAGAUUUAUAACUUCAUCAGCUGAGAAAACAGAAUCAGCUUUAAAAGCUGCCAAGGGUGAAGUUUCUAGUGAGACUAAGCCAAUUGAGGAAGCUGAAGAAGAAAUAGAAGAGGGAGAGGAGAAGAACAAAGGUCGCAAGAUUAGUGCUUCUGCUGCUUAUGAGAUUGUUGCAUCAGCUGCUUCUUACCUUCACUCUCGUACCAACAGCAUACUCCCUUUCAAUUCUUCAUCCAAAUCUGAAAAUUCGGACAACAUCAAUAAGAGUUUGGCAAAUAUGGAGUCAUCGUCAGAUGUUGCUUAUUCUGUUACUUCUGUUGUUGCUGCUGAGGAAGAGGUGAAGCAAGCAGUUGCAGACGAUCUGAAGUCAACGAUUUCGUCUCCUUGUGACUGGUUUAUAUGUGAUGAUGAUCAGAGUCACACUAGAUUCGUUGUGAUUCAGGGAUCUGAAUCUUUAGCUUCUUGGCAAGCGAACUUACUCUUUGAGCCUAUUGAAUUUGAGGGACUUGGUGCGAUUGUUCACAGAGGAAUAUAUGAAGCUGCAAAAGGAAUGUAUGAACAAAUGCUACCUGAAGUUAAAGCACAUAUCAAAACCCAUGGGACCAGCGCUAAAUUUCGUUUCACCGGGCAUUCAUUAGGCGGAAGCUUAUCGCUUUUACUAAACCUCAUGUUAUUGGUUCGAGGUGAAGUACCUGCUUCUUCUUUACUCCCAGUUAUAACAUUUGGUGCGCCGUUUGUAUUAUGUGGAGGUGACAAUCUUCUUAAAAAACUGGGAUUGCCUAAAAGCCAUGUUCAAGCUAUUGUAAUGCACCGUGAUAUUGUCCCGAGAGCUUUUUCUUGUAACUAUCCUUACCAUGUCGCCGAGCUUCUCAAAGCUGUUAAUGGAAACUUCCGUAGCCAUCCUUGUCUUAACAAACAGAGUAUGUUGUAUUCUCCGAUGGGCGAGCUUCUGAUACUUCAACCGGAUGAGACAUUCUCUCCUGGACACGAACUUCUCCCUCCUGGAAAUGGUUUAUAUCUUCUAACUGGGGAUUAUGAAUCUCCUGAUAAUGAAGAAUCUGAGGAAAAGCAACGGCUAACAGCUGCGCAGACAGUUUUCUUGAACACGCCGCAUCCUCUUGACAUCCUCAGCGACAGAGCAGCUUAUGGGUCAAGCGGAACAAUCCAAAGAGACCACGACAUGAACUCGUAUCUGAAAUCGGUUAGGAGUGUGAUAAGGAAAGAAGUGAAUCAGAUAAGGAGGGAGAAAAGGGAGCACCGCAGGAGUCUCUGGUGGCCGAUCCUGGUGGCUAGAGAGAGCGGGAGCUCAGGGAUUGGGAUGAGUAACGGACAAAUGAACAGUCAGGAUUUCUCGGGGAUGAUGAAGACAGGAAGAAAGUCGUUGCAGAGAUUUAGCCGCCUAGUGGCGUCUCAACACAUGCCUUUGAUCGUUGUUCUGUUGUUUCCGGUAAAGUUGUUGUGCCUCGGAGCUUUCAACGUCUUUAGUUUCCGUUGAAAAGUUUCAUUUUGGCGGGUCGGUUUGUUUCUUAUACUGGUUCAGACCGAAUUAUGGUUUGACCGGUUUAGAUCAUUCUUUAUUCAUACAUAUAUGUUAUCAUGUGUGUCUGUUUGUUUGUUGGGGAAGCCAUUGGAGGCUUUUCCUGUUAGAUACCAUUGGUUUCACGCUUAAAGGUUGUUGAAAAAGGAACAAAAGGGACCAAUAUUUGUAAUAUAAUUUUCUAAAAAGUGUGUCUUGUUGAUUACAAGUGGCAAGUACCACCAGCUUGGUUA